UGGUUGAAAAGCAAAUCACCUGUGAUGAACCCCAAAAGGAUCAAAUUGUUAUUUUUCCGAAAGCAGUAAAUAUGCAGUUGUAUUAUUUUUUGUUUUAAGACAAGCAAAAACUAGAAAGCUGUCUUAUUCAAAGACGACCCUUUCGAAAAAGAGAAUUUUUCCUGGAUAUGUGUUAAAAGGCUUGAAAAAGGGGCGGAAGGGAUGCAAACUCAAAAGGAGUUGUUGAUUUCUUGUUUUUUUGUUGUUAGAAAGAAGACAUCCUCUUGUCAUUUUUUUUGCUUGUCCAAGAAAACAUACAGCUAUUUUCUUGAUUAAAAGUAGUGGUAAAGGCACCAACUUUCUCAAAUACAUAACCCCAAGAAAAAGGGGGAUGGAGAUGAUCAAUUAUCAGGUUGGAAGUAGUUCUUAUCAGGAUUCUUUGAAAGUUCUGGAGGCUGAUAUUCAGUAUGCAAAUACUUUGGCUGCUGCAAUUCCGAGAGACAAGGGUGGAGCACGUCUUCAAAUGAAACUGGCCUACAAUGGAUUGGCUCCUGUUUUUCUGUUUUUGCUGCGAUGGAUAGAUAGUUCCUGCAUAUGUGUGCUUCCUGGAUAUCUGAAUUUCUUUCAUGUCCUCAUUUACAAGGUGCAUAUGGAUGGGAGACCAAGAAUAUCUAGGCAUGGAAGAAGAGCAACAAUUAACGACUUUUAUGGCGUUAUACUUCCAUCACUACAGCAGCUACAUUCUAACUUGGUGGAGCUGGACGAUAGUAAAGUUGUAAAUCAUGGCAUAGAAAGUUCUCAGGAGAAAUUGAAAGGAGGCGCUAAAUUUUCCAACUUUGAAGCUGAGAGAGAAGAUGAAUGUGGAAUAUGCUUGGAGCCUUGUAACAAAAUGGUUUUACCAAAUUGCUGCCAUGCAAUGUGCAUUAAUUGCUAUCGUGACUGGAAUACAAGAUCAGAGUCCUGCCCCUAUUGCCGUGGUAAUUUGAAGCGAGUUAAGUCAAGAGACUUGUGGGUCCUCACUUGCAAUGAUGAAGUUGUUGAUCCUGAAACUGUUUCAAAGCAGGAUUUAUUGCAUUUCUAUCUGUAUGUUAACAGCCUGCCUAAGGAUUCUUCUGAUGCGUUGUUCUUGAUGUAUUAUGAAUACCUUAUAUGACAUAUAACAUUUGAGAUAAUUAGUGUACAGAUAGAGAAAGAAAACCUUCAAAUGUACAUAAUUCUGAUGGGCGCAAAUUCUCCUAGUUUCACGGAGAAAUAACCAGCUCCAUGAUUGUCUUUGUGGUGGCAA